UUCCAUCCUCAGGGAUUCUGGGAUCAUCAUUUUGGAGAGAGAACCUGUUUAUCCUUAAAUAUCUGCUGGUUAUAACUGUCUGAGCAGUUUUGCCUUUCAAGUUUGCACAGUUGGAAGGAGGGGGAGGUUUGGUUGCAUCUCCAGAAGGAAUUUGGCUGCACUUGGUCUCGGGAGAAAGGAAUGAAAUUACUAAACAAAACACAAUUAGUACCAAAGGAUAUUGGCUCAGUGGGCAGAGCAACGGGAUUGUCAAAGUGAGUUUUCACCAGAGGACAAACUCUUACUGAACCUCAAUUAUUCAUGAGCUAAUUCAAGUGGUGCGCUGAUGAAUGAAGUGGAAGGGGCCAAAUGGACUGAAAUAUUUCCUGGUGAGUUCAUCAGGAAUCAGGGAGUGGUUGCUGACAGCUGGGUGUGCUGUGAAAACUGCAAAAAUAAUGGCCUGAAAACCACUCUGCUACAUUGCUUUAGAUCUGGUGUUGCUGUGUGCCCUUCUUUGGGUGCCUGGCAUGAUCUAGGCCAGGUUGGGUGGGCUUUGGAGCAACCUGGGAUCAUGGAAAGUGUAAUGGGAUGAAUGUGGUGGGGUUUUCUUUCUGUGCACGUGUAGGAAUCGCUUCCCAGGAAAAAAGGGACUUGUCGGUGGUGAUGUCAGUGCUGGUGACACGGAGGUUCUUCCUGUCUGAUUUUCCAACCCCAGUGAUCCUGUGCCAUUCCCAAGUGUGGGUUUGUGCAAAGUCAAGACUUUCUCCCAAGUCCCUGUUGCUGAGGCUCCAACGCUGCAGUAAAUCCAACAUUCCCACUCUGCCUCCUGUGUGGUUGGAGUCUUCCAGUAUUUCAGCAGCUGCCAAAUGCCUGGAUCCGUGUCCCUGUGGUGGGCUGGGCUUUUUUGAAGUGUCUGUGGGUUUGUUUUGACAAGGAGAGAUUUCAGACAAAAAAACCCCAAACCUCACCAUGUUUCUUGUGUGUUUUAAUGGUGAAGUUGAUAAAAGAGAGGAGCAAACGGUACCAGGGAAUGAGCACAGGGCUCCUGGGAUCCCCUGAGCUCCUGCAUGGCAGAGGAAGAACUCAAAAGAACCUUUGAAACAUGAAUUUUCUUUUGGACUCUCAGUUAUUUACAAGUCUCCUGUUGGGGCUCGGUGGAGCAGGGUUUGUAAAUCUGGAGUUGGGAAGCACAGAUGGCUGGGAAGGACGUGGUGUGUGUUCUCACUUGUGCUCCGGCUCCCCGGGGAGGAGAAAUGCAGGGAUUGAGUUGCAGUUGGAAGUGUGUCAUGUGCUCCUGUGACCUCAGGAUCGAGGUGACACUUCUGGGCAGUUCCUGCUGAUCUGAGCUGGGGCUGCUCUGACCCUCCUCCCGCUCUGCAGCCUGCUUUGUGGCUCUGGAAUCUGCUUUUGGCGUUAUUCCUUUUCACUGGGAAAGGAACUUGGAGAUUUGAAGUGGUCUUGCUUUUGUUUAGAGUGUUUUUAUUUUUUUCCUUGCUUUUGUUUAGACUUUAUUAGCUGCAGAAAAGUGGUUGUCAGUGAGUAGUUCUGUAAAGAUUAAGAAGCAUGGAUCUGUACACAGUGUUUUAAAAUAACCUUUCUGAUCUACUAUCUGUAAUAACGUGGGUUAUAUUCUGAUUUUUAUGGGAUAUAUUAAACCUCAGCUUUCCUGAGUUACCUGGGAGUGCUUUGGUCACUGAAAUCUCGAAGAUACGUCCCAUAAUCAGGACUUUUAUUUGCAUAUCCUCAUCCAGUUCUGGCAGUGGCUGUGCCUUGGGUUGCUUCUGCUCAUAAAUGAGGGUAAAAUGCAUGAGAUCAAAGUGCUCAAAGAACAAAUUUAAGAGGGUCUGAGGGGUGGUUUUGGUCACUGUGGGCAAAGGGACAGUAAAUGGUGGAGGCUGUUGGGUGCUGCUCAUCGGUUGGGAUUAAGUUUUAACAGCCCUGACUUAAGAAAUGUGGUUUUAACAUCUGAGAGCUUGUGCUGCUGAGGCUUUGGUGUUUUCUGUGAGCUCUGGCAUCCUUACAGGCGAUGUUUGGUUGUAAAACGAUGAAGAGACCGUCGAUGGGCUGACAAUGUCACCUCCAAGAGCUGUGUGAACAGCCCCUUGGAAAGGUAUUAACCUGCCAAUAUCCAAAAACUUUGCCCCAAGUUCUUGCACACCAACUCCACCAGUCACACCUGGCCCUUCAGUGCAGUUGCAGAGCUCAUAGAUAAUGCCUAUGACCCAGACGUAAAUGCAAAGCAGAUCUGGAUUGACAAGACCGUCAUCAACGACAACAUCUGCCUGACGUUCACUGACAAUGGCAACGGGAUGAACUCGGAGAAGCUGCACAAAAUGCUAAGCUUCGGCUUCAGCGAGAAGUCGGUGAUGAACGGGCGGGUGCCCGUGGGGCUCUACGGCAACGGCUUCAAGUCGGGCUCCAUGAGGCUGGGCAGGGACGCCAUCGUCUUCACCAAGAACGGCGACACCAUGAGCGUGGGGCUCCUGUCCCAGACCUUCCUGGAGGCCACCAAGGCGGAGCACGUCAUGGUGCCCAUCGUCACCUUCACCAACCAGCGACAGAUCAGUGACCCAGCAGAAUCCAAGAACAGCCUCAAGGCCAUCUUGACACAUUCCUUGUUUUCCACUGAGGAGAAACUGCUGGCAGAGCUCGAUGCCAUCAUGGGGAAAAAAGGAACCAGGAUCAUCAUUUGGAAUCUUAGGAAAGAUAAAAAUGAGAAACCAGAGUUUGACUUCGACAAGGAUAGAUAUGACAUCAGGAUUCCAGAAGACUUGGAUGAAACAGGCAAAAGAGGAUAUAAAAAACAGGAGAGACUGGACCAGAUUGUUCCAGAAAGCGACUACUCCCUGCGGGCCUACUGCAGUAUUUUGUACCUGAAGCCAACCAUGCAGAUCAUCCUGAGAGGACAGAAAGUGAAAACACAGCUGGUUUCCAAAAGCUUGGCCUUCAUCGAGCGGGACAUUUACAGGCCCAAAUUUCUGAAUGCCAAAACGGUCAGAAUUACUUUUGGGUUUAACUGCAGAAACAAAGAUCAUUAUGGAAUAAUGAUGUACCACAAAAACAGGCUCAUCAAAGCUUAUGAAAGAGUUGGCUGCCAGCUGAAGGCGAACAACAUGGGGGUCGGUGUCGUCGGGAUCAUCGAGUGCAACUUCCUCAAACCAACCCACAACAAACAGGACUUCGACUACACAAAUGAGUACAGACUCACAAUAGCAGCCCUGGGAGAGAAACUCAACGAUUACUGGAACGAAAUGAAGAGGAAGAAGAACGAGGAAUUUCCCUUGGCUCCGCCGGUUGAGGAGAUCCAGAAGCAGCCAGACCAGACGUGGGUGCAGUGCGACGCCUGCCUCAAGUGGCGGAAGCUGCCGGACGGGAUCGAGCACCUGCCGGAGAAGUGGUACUGCUCCCUGAACCCCGACCCGCAGUUCCGGAACUGUAACGUGCCCGAGGAGCCGGAAGAUGACGAUUUGAUACAUCCCACCUACGAGAAAACUUACAAGAAAAAAGACAGGGAAAAACUGAGGAAGAGACUGGAAUACAGCCACCAGAUCAAUAAUGAAAUAUUUUUAAAAACAUCUGUUUCUUCAAGUAAAGACUUCAAAACAUUCACAGCUGUGAGUGGAAAGGAAGCUGCUCCACGGUUGCUUUUACCAAAAUCAUCGGAUGCCACUCUCAGAAGAUCUCUGCCUAUUUUAAUCAAAUCAGUGUCUUCCCUUCACCCAGACGCUGACAGCAGCCUCAAACGGAAGUCGACGAGUUGCGCGACACCCGUGUCUGCGAAGACACCCCGACUAAACACACCAGUCAACCACCACGGUGAUGGGGGGGAUGAGGAGGAUGAUGAUGAAGAUGUCAUCAUUUUAGAGGAGAGCAGUACUCCGAAGCCUUCAGCUGAUCCUGAUGUUCCCACAGUCAAAACGGAGUGCAUCAACCUGGAUCAAGAGGAGAAGCAGAAGGAAAACCGUGAGGUCGGAGAGCUUUGCGCUGCAACCACUUCAGAACCCAGAAGUGAACAGCUGAGCUCAGCAACGCAGACAGAGCUGCCAGGCCUGGUGGUUAAAAAGGAAGAGGUGGAAGAUGAAAUCCCCGUUGAAAUUCCCGGGGCACGGGUGGAAACCGAGCGGCACAGCGUGAACGGCGUUGCCGAGACAUCCGCAGAGACCGAAAGCGAACUGAGAAAUCGGCUGCAGUUGUUGCACAAAGAGAAGGAAAUGUACCAAAACAAAUGCGAGGCAUUGACCAAGCAGGUGGAAGCACUGGAGGAGAGGCUUUUGGAAAUGAACAAUAAGUAUGUAAAGAAGGAAAUGUGCCACCAGUCGACAGAGACAGAUCCCUCGGGUGAGGAGGAAAAUGGCAACGGCAGGAGUUUGGCACAGGUGACCGUUCUCUACGAGCAGGCCUUGGGAGAAAUAGCCAAGCUGCAGGAGCAGUGCAAUACCCUGCAGAACCUAAAGACUGAGUGCAGCAAGUGUGCUGAUGGGGAGAGCAAGAGCGAGGUGGAGGAGAUGGCCGUGCAGCUGGACGACGUGUUCAGGCAGCUGGACAAGUGCAGCAUCGAGAGGGACAGGUACAAAAGUGAGAUUGAACUGCUAGAAGUGGAAAAAAACCAAAUGGCCUCUCAGUGUGAGGAGCUGAAGGCAGAACUCGCCCAGCUGAAAGCUUCGAUUCCACAAGCGGUUGCACAUGCAAAUGAUUCUACCACCAGUAAUGUAGAAGAGACUGUAAAUUUUUCUGAUGGAGAAAGCCUGAAGCUGCGCUCCCUGCGAGUGAACGUUGGACAGCUGCUGGCCACGAUGCUGCCCGACCUGGACCUGCAGCAAGUCAAUUACGACAUCGACGUGGUGGAUGAAAUUCUAGGGCAGGUGGUGGAACAAAUGCAUGAAAUCAGUAGUACUUAAUGUCUCCCUGUUUUUAGCAGAGUUUUAGUUGAUCUUCCGUUCUACCCUUCCUGGAGGUUCCAUCUGUAUAUAAUGCCCGUUCCCUCGAUCUCCUUGGCACGGUUUUAUCUGUAAAUGGAUAGGCUGGGCACGUGUCGAUGUUCCCACGGGUGCAGUGGGUGUUCCCUUCGCUCCCUCUUCAAGGAACGCUGUCCACAGUGGCCAGCCCUGCUGUACUGAGUUAAGGGGUUCGCUUCUGAAAUGUAUUUGUAAUUAAAUUUGCAGAUGUUUUUACGAUUAGGAAUCUUAAUACUUUUCUACCGAAGCUUUCUCGUUGACUUUGGCUCUUCCAUGAUCGUUAAUACUUGUGAUUAUUUCCUCUACUCCAGUGUCAGUAGUGGGAUAUCUUAGAGAUGCAAAAAAGAACUUCGUUGAUGUCCUUCCCAGGCAGAGCUGUUGCAUCCCACAGGAUUGUUCCUCUGCUCCCCAGCAAUGUUGGCUGAUGCUUUCAUGGGACAGAAGUGUAAAUAGUAGGGGAAAGUGUCGCCAUCUGGGUAAUAUUUGUGGUUUAGCACCAAAAGAGGAGCGAUUCCUUCAGGGUUUUGUCAUGGAAACUGGUGAUGAACUGGUUGAAUGGGAGCCCUUGGAAGAGGAGGGAUGUUUCCUGCUCUGUGGGGUGACCUGCAGAGUGAGCCAGAGCUGAAAACACCCCAAUGUCACUGGUUUGGACAUCUUGGGUUAUAGGUGAGAUAAGGGAGUCUCUCUUUGUCACAUCUCCCCUUUCAGAGUUCUGUGCUCAGAAUGUUCCUGUUUUUCCAUGGUCCUGGGAAAACCUCCUGGAAGAAAAGGUGCCGAGAGCAAUGGCUGUGCCAGUGGGGACAGCAUUCCCAGCCACUGGCAGAGCUUUCUUCCCAAGGCAUGGGCAAUGACCAAAGGGGUGGCAAAGACAGCAAAGGCACCUUGGACUCUGUGGUGGGAUUUCUCCUCCACACAGCCCUCAAGAAAAGGGCUCUUGCUUUGAAAUUUAAAAACUAAAUCAAGAGAAGAGAAAAAAAAAAUCAAGCAUUGAAUGUAGGAAUUCCUGGAAAGUGUCUUUUUUCCAUAAGCCAACGUUCCUGGCCCUUGCACUGCUCCUGUCCUGAGCUGCUUAGUCGAUGUUCCCUGGAGUUGCAGUUCAGGGCGUUCCUUUCCAGGCACAGUUUCACUUUUAAGGUGUCUGUUCAACUCUGCCAAGAAGGGCAGUGCAGGACUGUUGUACUUCAGGAAGGAGAAAGGGAGGGUUUGGUUUGUGAAGGGGGGGCUGUAACGGAACUAGGGAGGACUUUUUUUAAAAGUGUCUGUUUUCCAUUCCUCAGUGUGUAGUUUUCCAUUUUGUCAUCAUUAUUUAUUCCCUUUCACCAGACUCUGGUUGAGUAUCAUGUAGCCAAUUGGCAAAAUACAGCACAUGUCUUAUCUUAAAAAUGGAAACAUUUACAAUGCACAUUUACACUUUGGAGAAUGGUGGGCUAAUGGAAAUGGCUUUUAUUUCCUUGUUCAAAUGUAUUUUUUGUAAAAAAUAAAACUCUAUAAAUCGGA